ACCCUGGCUGAUAGUUCUGUGAUCUGCCUGGAUCCACUGGAUGAAUUCUGCCAGAAAAUGGAACAUAGCAGGAUUCUGGCUAGUCUGAUAAUGGCUGCCUUUCUCUCUCAAGUGAGCUCCUUUAAGAUAUUGGUGGAGGAACUUGAGGACCAAGUCUUCGUGAACUGCAAUACUAGCAUCAAGUGGGUAGAGGGAACAAUGGGAACACAAUUGUCAAAAAAUAAAAAAAUGAACUUGGGAAAACGCAUCCUGGAUCCACGAGGAGUGUACAAGUGCGAAGGGACAGAGGACAUGAAGAAUAAAUUAUCUACUGUGCAAGUAUAUUACCGAAUGUGCCAGAGCUGUGUGGAGCUGGACCGAGGCACCUUGGCUGGCCUCAUCAUCACCGACCUCAUUGCCACUCUGCUCCUGGCUUUGGGAGUCUACUGCUUUUCAGGACAUGAGACUGGAAGGCUCUCUGGAGCUGCUGACACUCAAGCUCUGCUAAGAAACGAGCAGCUGUAUCAGCCUCUUCGAGAUCACGAUGAUGCUCAGUACAGCCGUCUUGGAGUAAAUUGGCCCCGGAACAAGUGACCUUGAGACUCAUGGUUUCUCAGAGUGUCAUUAUCAAUUGUGCCAAUAAAGAUGCCAAUAAAGAUGUGCCUUUUCA